GGAGGGGAAACUGGACACCGACUCACAGCGCGGCUGCUGUCCAGUCAGAGCGCAGCGGAGCCCGGCGCCAGCAGCACAGAGCAGCGGGGCGACGAGCAGAGUCACACCGCGGACUAACAGCUGAGGAGCGGCGGAGCUGAGGCGGAGGCUCCGCUCCCCCCUGACCGGACUUUAACUGGUUUUAACUCGCCUCGGUCUUCCUCUCCCGCCGGUCUGCCGCUCACUGUGGACAAAUAACGGAGUUACCGUGCAAGAGGGGGAGUCCCGGUAUUCGUCCGCCGCCGGCAGCCUGACAGCCACCAGCAUGAAGAAGAACAACUCCGGGAAACGCGGCCUGCAGGACUCGGUGCCGCAGCACGUUCAGCCCGAUAAGGUCGGCUGGAUCCGGAAGUUCUGUGGGAAAGGAAUCUUCAGAGAGAUCUGGAAGAACCGGUUCGUGGUUCUGAGGGGAGAUCAGCUGUUCAUCUGUGAGAAAGAGGUGAAGGAGCUGGGACGAGCUGAUGAAGUGUUGGACCUUUCAGACUAUGAGCGCUGUGAGGAGAUCAGGAAGAAUAAGAGUCGCAGCAAAAAGAACCACAGCAAGUUCAGACUGCAGCGCUGCAGCACGCCGGGGAACACGGUCCCUAACCUGGUUUUCCUGGCUGUCAGUCCAGAGGACAAAGAGUCCUGGAUCAACGUCCUGAAUGCUGCCAUCACGCGAGCUAAAAACAGAAUCCUGGAUGAGGUGACAGUAGAAGACUCUCAGCUGUCUCACCCGACUCGAGAUCGCGCGAAGAUUCCUCAUAACCGACGGCUGCCGACCAGAGGUCACCUGCUGGCUGUGGCCUCCACCUCCUCUUCAGACGGGAUGCUGACUCUGGAUCUGAUCCAGGAAGAGGACAUUCCAUCUCCGCAGGGAGCUGAGGGCUGUGACACCUUCAAAGUCAACUUGGACAAAACCCUGAGCCACGUCAGCCCGGACUGUCCCAGGUCCAAAACUGACAGUGCUCUCUCUGCCAGGACCAGUGAGGCCUCUGGGAAAUCCCAGAGUCUUCCACGUGAGGUGGCAGUGGUAUGGGAGAAGACGGGCCCUGCCCGAACCCCCCAGCCUGGAAAACGUCUAAUGCCGGCAGAGAAAAACCGCUGUGCCUCCAUGGACGAGAUCCUGACGCACUCAGAGACUAAAGCUGCUAAGGACAAGACGGCGAUGCCCCAUUCACCGACUUCCAGGCUCACCAACAGCGCUGCGCCUGUCAGCCAGCUGCAGCAACUGAUAAGCCAGAAGCUGGAGAAGACAGAGCAGCUGCUGACAGAGGUGAGGGGGGAGGCUGAGAGGGAUGCCAGGGAGCGGGGGAAGACCAAGGGGAAGGAGUCAACUGAAGGAACACGGGCUGAAGCUGAGAAGCUUCUGAAGGAGGCAGCAGUGGCUUGGAAUCAGGCCCGGGAGGUGCUGGAGGAGGUGAAGGAGCUGAGGGCAUUGUACCAACAAUUGGAUUACUCCUCCCCUUUCACCCCCUCUAACAGCACCACACUAAAUGCAGACGGCAAGAGCCCGAUGUGAACCACGUGGUACUGAAUCGUUUUGGUACCCUGGUUCAGAUGGGUCCAGCACAAGCAAAGUCACAAAGGUGGAUGCGGCAUCUGCUUCGGCUUGUUGGAUUCCAGAGAAGGCUGCUGAGAACUGGAUGAACCCCUUUUAAAUUAUUUGGAAAAAUUCAGGUUUAGGUUUCCAGCUGUGGGGAGGAAGCAGGACCAUCCUGCUGACUGAUACAGCUCAGUGCUGGUGCACAAAGCGUCUUCACAAAAUAUCUUCCUCCAAAAUCAGUGUAGCAUAAAUGUACCUGAAGUCACAGCCUUGGAAGUCUCCUUUUUUUCUUUUUCUUUUACCAGGUUUUGAAAAUUCAAGUGUCUUUUCAGCUGCAACAAAUGCACUCACCUACAAAAUUAGGGGAUAAAGCAUGAGGUACCUUUGAAGAAAACAUCCCAUCAAAGUGAAUGAAAAUGUGCCAAGGCGAGUGUUCAGAGAUGAGGAAAAAGUGGGAAAAAGUGGGAAAAAGUGGGAACUUGAUCUUGUCUGUCAUUUCAUGUGCAUCACUUGGAUCCUUUAUAUUUCGCUUUAUGAAUAUUCAUGUGACAACAUGUGGGAGAUGAGCCGUUACAUCUUUACAGAAAUCUAAAACUAGAUUUACACAGCUGGGCACUGGACAUGAACAUGAGACCGUUGAAGGUACAAAUGCAGGCUGAACAUUGUGUGAAGGUGAACUGUAGUAACCCUGGUGAUCCUCUGAAUUUUCAUGUAGCGCCAUCAUCAGGUCAACAUUUUUAUGUGUCCAAUACUUCGGUCACAAGUCAAAAUAUUGGACUCAGCUUCAGUCGCACUUUGUGUCAGCUAAUUAGCUAAUGUUGGCAUGCCAACAUGCUCAACUAAGAUGAUGAACAUGGUAACAGAAAGAAUUAUAUGUUAGCAUUGUCACUGUUAGCAAGUUAGUAUGCUAGUGUUAUCCCUUCAAAGCACCGCAGUGCUAUCAUGGCUGUAGAAUCUGGUUUCCAUUCUCAAGACAAGUUCUUCUGUCACUUUUUACAAGGAGGCUAUUAAGGCCAGGUUGUGCCUGAGAAAACUAGUUUGUGUAGACAUUCGUGAUGUUGGCACUGAGACCUUAAAACCACUCAUCUGGGUAAUCCAGGCUCAUACUAUGCACGCCGUGUGAACCAGCAGCAGCAGCUUCCAUUCUCCAGAUUGUCUGCAGCCAGUUCACCUCAGGCUCUUCUUCAGAAUGUGAAUGUUUUCUGAGAAACACUGGAGGCUUUUAGAAGCGACGAUGAACCAACAGCCUCCCGUCUCAGCUGAAAUCUCAGGUAGAAAUGUUUCACAAGAACUGGGCUGAUUGUCUGUGAGAAUCCAACCCCAAAAGCCUAAAAAACUGAAACACAGUUGACCCAGCAACACCAGAUCUCAAGAGUGUUUGCUUGUUCUUCUCUACAGAUCAGGAGCAGCUAACAGAGUUAACAGAGAAGGAAAAACUGAGGUAAAAACUGAAGAAGAGGUCAAAGUGGAACUAUAAUUAACAGAAGUAUUAAAAACUUAAACAAAAAUGAAGAGAAAACAAAUCUGACUGCCUGUGCAGUUUUCAACACAAAGAGAAAGUUAUGCUAACACUAUAAAGUAAACUCAUUUUAGCACAUUCAUUAUGGACAAAUGCAUAGCUGCUCUUGGGAAGCUUUUUCAGUCACUCCCAGCACCCAAAGGUCACAUUAAUUAGCUGUCAAUAUGCAGCAUAUAGCUAGCUAAGAUUAUGCACUGAGCUAAUGCUUAACUGUUUAUGGCUGCAGCUAAUGUUUAUUUUCACUUAAUUUUAUAUCAGUUUAUCAGCCGAGUAUUUUCCUAAUGAAGUACCUAAUGUUAGCUAGCUAAUGUUAAUGUAGCAUCCCAGCUACAGUAAACCCUGCUGUAUAGCUGCUAAGCAGUAGCUACUGACUCUUAAGAAAAGUCAGUGAACAUGCACUGAGCUAACGUUAUUUUUGCGAUUACAUUUUCACACGGUAUCUCAGAAUUUUAACUUUAAAGUCAAAAUGAAUACUCGCCAACACAUAGUUUGUUUGAGCAGGAGCUGUUUUCUUCAUCCAUAUUUGUCUUCCCAAAAGGUCCUGAUUCUGUUGAGAGGAACAAUCAUGCAGCAUUUUACACUCAUCUAAAAUAAAAAGAGACAAAGUUUGUGUAAGACUUUGUGUAAAACUGGAUGAAAUGAGCCAGGUAAUACAACACACAAAUGUGUGAGCGUGUCACGUCCAGGUAUUACAACCCGCUUUACAUGAAACCACGCCCACUUAGACCGCAUUCCCAUGGAAACCACAAUCCACCAGCCAUUUGUUUUACCUCAUUGUCUUUCUGAAUUAUCAGUUGAUUUACUGAUUCCAGUAAAUUGAUUAAAUAAUUUCCAUGGGAAUGAGAUGUUCAAAGCUUUCGUCAUGCAUACAUUUAAUCUAAAAAAGGCUGGAAAACCAAUACCUUCACGCUGCUCAGCAGGUGACAAGGUGUUAACCCGACAGGAAUGGAGCGUUUGCACUCAAAUAUGAGACUUGACCACAUGUGCAGUUAAAAACAAUCAAUCAGAGUUUUACUGAGAAAAGUUUAUUUUUUUAAACAAGAUUCAAACUUUUGUACUUUUGUUAAAUCUGCCUGGUUUCUGUUGUCAUUGUGAUGGAGCAAUAAAAUCCUGAAGGAUAUCCCGCCAAAGACAAGGUGAAGGUACGAAAAACCUCAACCUUAACCACAGAUUCAACAACAGCACCCUGAAAGUUUAAAUUUAAAACUUGUAAUAAAGUCACACAAAGGAAUAUACAAACAUUUUGGCCAGAAAAUGAUGUAUGAAGUCUGUAAACUGAAGGAGGUUUCAUAAGUAUUUCUGUAAAGAGAAAUAACAUUCUUUUCAUUGUGUUGUCUCUAAUAAAGUAAAUGUCCUCUUG